AUGCUGCGGCUACUUAGGGGUACUUUAAGAACCACUUUAUUGACGUACAAUACUUUGUGGAUAUACAUUCACGACGAGUUUCUAUAUUCAAUAUAAACAUAUAAAGACAUUCUAUUGGUUCUCUGCUGCUGACACACACACACACACACAGUGUCUCUCUCGGUCCCUCGCGCGCGCGCGCUCUCUUUCACUCACUCACACGCACCUGCUGGGAAACAUGACAGAAGAUGACCGAUACAGUUGUCGCGGAGGGACAUGUGAAGUUUAGAGAUGGAAAAAAGGUUAUUUUUGGCAAACUGCCUUCAAUUUCACUCUUUUAAUCUUUAAUUUAAGUUCCUGGUGCGAGCACUGGAACAUGAGUGGAACUUAUUUUUCUCCUCUGUGUUUCUAUGUUUAACUUCAACGUUUUUCCACCGCAGUGGAAGAGUCGCUGGGUCGUUCUUCGGAAGCCCUCUCCCGUUGCAGGUCUGUGGUAAAAACGCUCCUAUAUCAUGUCCUGUGAUUAUUAACAGUAGCGACUGAGAUGUUGUCAUAUUUGUGAUUUAUCUAUCGUAACGUGCGCUUUUUAAAUGUGUUAACCUGGUGUUUGUUUGUCGACGAUACGCUACGCUACGGGGGUGCGCACAUGCCCCAACCCGCAGUUUCUAAACUGGACUCGGUUAUUGUGUACUAACCCGAUAAGUUUUCAUUUGUUGUUGUUGUUUUUUUUAACUUUUAAUAACUUUAUUACUCUAAUUUUGUGUUUCACUACAGGGCUUUACAUUUUUAAAUUACCCCAAAGUGAAAAAUAGAGUUUUUGCUGAAGCUAAAUUAGAACCAGGUGUGUUUCAUCUGGUCCUGGUCUGGCGUUAACAAGAGGGCACAAUCACUUAUGUCUAGGAAUUUAUAUGUUUAAUUCAAGUUUUAAAAAUUUAAAGUGAAUAAAGAGUCUGAGUUUGAUUUAAUGCAGAUUCUGGUAGCAGUGACGACGCUUCAGGUGAGAUUUGACUCAAAAAGUUCUUAAAAGCAAUUAUGUUACUCUAGCAUUAAACUUAGUCGAAGAUAACUAGAAAUUAACCAAAAUUACUAGAAAAAAUAGCCACACAAAAAAAAAACGUGCUCUGAAAAAAAAUUCCUCCUUGAAACUCAGAUUUUGUUCAGGUAAAUGAUGAAGGUUUAGUGUUUAACACUAGCUGUGUGAACCUAUAUGUCUGUGUGUGUGUGUGUGUGUUAUUUGUGUCUGGAUUUCGUGGUCACCUGUGCCAGCAGAUCAUUUUCUCAGGCUCGGCUGUGACAGCUGAGCCAUUAACACUGUCUGCAGUAUGACACAGACUGUCUGUCUCUGCUGGUGUACAAGGAGAAGAAGAAGAAGGCCAAGGAGAAGCUCAGCAGUCAUAAGGAGCGGCUGAAUGUUGCCCUGGAGGUACGUUCUCUGAGGAACCACCGCAGCUUUGGGUUCUUUGUGUAGAGGUGUUACACCUUACACUGUAACCCAGUUUGACUUCCUUUCUGCUGUCAUGUGACCACUGUGACGUGAACGGUGUAGGACGGAGGCCAACUGUUGUUAAUGUCACCAAUGUUACUAACUUUUUUAGGUUCUUCAACUGAGAACUGAUAACAAGUACUACAUAAAGAUCAGUACUAGUACUAUUACAACCAUGUACAGUUCCGUAAACACUUCCAACUUCUUUGGAGCUUGGACUAUUGUGGACUUUUCCACUUGAAUAUUUCAUAUGUUUCCAGAACACAUUUCAGUUUCUGUCAAUGUUAAUGAAAUUAUUUUAUGUCAGGGGAUCUGUGGUGUUGAACCAGCCACAGGCUACGACGGCGGUCCCUACACUCUCACAAUCCUCUGCUCGGCCCACACCCUGGUCCUGGGCUUCAGCAGUCGAGACACCCUGCUGGCUUGGGACGCCCGGAUUCGCUACAGCCUUGGAGAAGUCCAUCGGUUCAGUGUUAAUGUGGAACCUGGUACUAAAAUCCAGAGUGGUCCUGCUUCUCUCCAUCUGUGCAACAACGUGCUCAUCCUCACCAGAGGCCUCCCCCCCGUCGUCAUCGGUCACUGGAAGUUGUCUGCAUUGCGUCGCUAUGGUGCUGUGCCCAAUGGCUUUGUGUUUGAAGGAGGGACGCGCUGUGGAUCCUGGGCUGGUGUUUUCUACUUGGCCUGUUCAGAAGGAGAGAAGAUCAAUUUUCUGUUUGACUGCAUCGUGCGGGGCAUCACUCCCAGCAGGACACCACAUGGUCUGAGACCUUCACUGCCUGACCUCAGUGCAGAUUCAACUUCAGCAGAAGAACGAAUCAGUCACGAGGCUUCAGAGCUGGAGAAGAGACUGAGCAUGUUAUCACAGUGCAGCCUGGCCAGCAGCACAGCUUCAACUUACAGUUCCACCACAUCUGCAGCAAGUGAUGAUCGCAGCAGCAUCUCCAGCUCCUCCUCCAGCCAAUCAGACACAAGCUAUGGAAGCAGACUCCACUCAUUUUGGGGGGAACCCUUGGCUAGAUUUCACCCUUCUUCUGAGACGGUGUCCAGCUCAUCUACGCUGAAGAAUUUGACCAGUUCAGAUGAUCGUCUCUAUGGUGCUGUGAUGGCAGGAGCUGGGACUCGUCCAUCCUCCACUCAGCUCCAUUCUCGUGGUCUUCAUGACAGUGGACGUCAGAGCUCCUUGGACAGUGGAAUUGGAAUUGCAGCAGGCAGCCAGUCAUCCUACUCAGGGAGCUGCUCCUCAUGUACAGGGAGCCUGGAGACCUCCAGCCAGGGAGGAGGGGAGGAGAUUGACUCUGGGUCUGGUCCGCGUCCUACCUCACCCCCGUCUGCUGCACCUCCUCCACCUCUUGCUGCUUCUCCAUCUACACUUACCCCAGAGCACAGCUCUGCUAACUCCCGCUCCUCCUCCAGGUCCAGCUCACGUUCAUCUUGUAAACAUAGUGAAGAUUACCAAGUCCUAAACGUGAUGAAAGUUCGCUAUGAUAUCCCCAGAAGUCUUCUCCAGACCAUGUCCUUCAGGGAAAACUCCACCCAAGGAGGUCCACCUGAAUCAGGGUGGGAGGUCAGGAGCGGGGGGGAUGAAGGGAGUGGUCAGAGUCUGAGCAGCAGCAGUGCAGCAGGAGAGAGGGCUAAUGUUUUAGCUGUUGUGCAACAUCCACAAUCAAGGAGCAGUGACAGAGCGCCCUCUGUGGACAGUGAAUGUAGGUUGAGACCCAGACCACUACCAGGAUGUGGAGGCCCUGUUGGUGAGGAGAAACUGUUCAAUCAGGAUUUUGAAAACAACUACAUCACACCAGAGCAGUGGAGAACAGUGAGGUCAGGUCAGGUUCUCAGGUCAGCGCCAUCAGGACUGUCUGCAGAAACGCCAGGUGAUCUGUGUGUGAAGGACAACAGUGUGGAGACUGGAUUGGACCACUCUCUGUCCUCAGUCACCCUCUGUGUCCCUGUAGCGCCACCCACCACACUGACCAUGGAUAGAUCGACAUCAUCGUUGUCGUCUUCAUCUUCAUCAUCAGCAGCAGCAUCCUGUGGUUUGUUCCAUUCUCUCCACGCUGCUGCUGCUGCCUCCCCAGGACCUGGGCUUCAUAUUGACAGUGCUGUUAAUUAUGUCAACAUCCCUAGUCGACCCCUGCUGGCAACAACUUACAGAGAGCUGCUGCACACAUCAGUGAACAGGGUGGAGUCUGGCUACAGUCCAGAAUGCACCAUCACAGAGGAAGGUGCUCUAAGGUUCGCCCACCACAACAUCACUGCUGUGGAGACAGAUCAGAACGUGAGGACAAAUACCGUCCAGAUAAAGGAGGACAGACACACCGAGCUGGAGGACAGACGGUGAGGAAACCAACC